CUCGCACCGUGAACUUGCACACGCAAAUCGAAGCGCACGCCAACCGGUCGUCGCGUGUUCUCCUACCGUCUUCGCGCCGCCGCCGCCGAGUGUUCCCGUGUCGCGUCGCUGCCGCCGUGUGUUCCCGUGUCGCGUCCUCGUAUCCGGUGCACCAAACGCUGCAACCGUGCCGCCUCGUGCGAGUCUUCCGUCCCGUGCACUUUCCCGCCGUCCCGCCAAGCUGACCGGCACACGGAAAUCGCACUGCCGCAGUGAUCGAUCGCGACUUCUUAGCCUCCGGCUUCGCCACCGCCACCGCCGCCAUGCAUGCUUCGGGCAGUCGAAAAAUCGCGGCCGCGGUGAGCUGUUUUGGAAAAUCCAGCUGGACCAAGACCUGGUGGACACCAUUUCGUCUAUAUACCCUGAGUGGUUCCGCCAACAGCAGCAGCAGCAGCUUCAGCAGCAGCAGCUUCAGCAGCAGCAGCAGCAGCAGCAGCAGCAGCAGCAUCAACAGCAGCUGCAACAGCAGCAACAGCAGCACACCAACCCGUUGACCAUGCAGAAUAGUAUUUCGCAACCGUCUCCGCCUUCAGCCGAGGUGGAUGAAUCUCCAUUACAAAAGUCUAUGGACAAGAACAAAGAGUCUCUCAAAGUUAAGUUGAUGUUGAGGAGACCUAUUAACCAAUUAGUUGCCCAAGGAAUUAUGCCCUGUUUGAAAAGCCCACCAGCCUUCCAUGAACAAAGACAAAAGUUGGAGAGGGCUAAAAUGGGCGAUCUGUUGAAAGCCAAAAUUCAACAGAGGCCCGACAAACAGCAGCUGGUUAGACAGCACAUAUUAGAGGACGUCGGUGACGUUGACCGAUCAUUAGCUGAACGUCAGCGCAUGUUGGUCAAGUGCCGCUUGGCCGAUUCGUUAAACACCCAAUUAGCACACAGGCCCGGUCCGUUGGAACUGAUUAAAAAGAAUAUAUUACACACGGACGAGCCUAUCGAAAGAGCCGUCAAAGAGGGUCAGAUUGAGUUCAAAGCCACCAGCGAAGGACAAAAGGUCAAACCCGAGCUUCCCGAUCAGUAUCUGACGCUGGACGAAGACUCGCAGAGUUCAGGUGGCGCCGGAAGUUCGUGUUCGCCUCCACCGCCUCCACCACCGCCCCCACCGCCACCACUGACGACGGUGGCGCUGACCCAUAGACCAGCGUAUGACAUGAUAGAAACGGCCGCCGCAAACGCAGGUAUCGUCACAUUAACCCUACUACCUUCGCCUCUGGGCUCAUCUACGUCCAGUCUGUCACCGAUGAGUUCGGUGGCCUCACCACCGCCCCCGGUGCCACCCCCUAUGCCGUCGUCGUCACUGCCGCUACAGGUGCACGGCCAACAGCCGGCGCCUGGCAAGGACAAGAACCGGAAGAAGAGCAAGAGCAAAUCUCAGGCCAAGACCAGGACAAUCAAGUUCCACGAGUACAAGGGACCGCCGAGCGCGCACAAGUCACAAAAUCAAAAUGCCAAUUCGGCCGAAACUUCGUACGAGUUGCUCUUGCAGCAGCAACAGUUAUUCUUGCAGUGGCAACUCGAGUGGCAACAAAAAUAUCCUCAACUCAUACUGCCUGCCCCGCCGCAUAAGCCGACCGCAUCUGUUGUGGAACAACAAUCGUCUACUGUGUCGUCGUCGUCGUCAUCGUCCUCACCGUCGUCCGCGUCGUCCACGACAUCCGUCCUGACCAUCAACAAUCAACCGCAGAUUAUCGAAACUCGUUCGUUACGCAAUCUCGACGAUUUGAAGGUAAGCGACUUAAAGGCUGAACUGAAGAAACGUAACCUUCCCGUGUCGGGGCCGAAACCUCAACUUAUCGAAAGGCUACGAUCUUAUGCUGAACACAAUUCGGAUUUGUCCAACAUAAUGUCGUCGCCUAGUAGUCAAUCAAAUCCAAACAGUCCUCCGCGGUCGUCGUCCACUCCGCCACCUCCACCACCACCGCCUCCGCCACCACCCUUGCCGCAAACGGGAUCUCAAAAUACACCCGAAGAAGACCGCAUUAUACGUGAACAACAAAGGCGCAUAGAACAGUUACAGAAACAAUUGCUCAAUUCUCAACUGCAGCUGCAACAACAACAGCAGACCAGGGCACAAACAUUCCAGCCUCAUCAGCCGGUGAAUGCGAAAGCAAAUCUGGCAGCCUUCCUGCAACAACAACAGUUGAAUCAACAGCAAAAACAACAAAAACACGUGACUGUAACGACAAAUAGUAACAAUUCAAUAAAAAUCAAUAACAAUAACAAUCUUGAGACGCCUAAACGCCGAAGCAAUACGAUCGUGUUGGACAAGGAACAGGCCGCAUCGAUUUUGAACCAGUUGGACAAUAACGGUCAAAGAACGAAUUCUCUUCCGAACUUUUUGGGUACGUUUGUUCAACCCAAUUUGACCAUUACGAACAACAAUCACAUCAUUAAUAACAAUAAUAAUAAGCCGAUGAUUACGGUCGUCCAAACCACCACCGGAUUUCACAAAGUAUUAGACGACGAUGACGUCGACAUUCCUAUGGCCGUAGACGACGUGAAACUACAACAGAAACAGCAGCAAGAGAAAACUAGCGUAAAUUUAACAUCACAGCUAUUGGAUAGCAUGGAUAAAUCAUCCUCGGAAAGUCAACAUUCAGAUUCGAUAGAAAACAACAAUCGAAUUAAGAAGGAAGAAGUAAAAACGCCACCUCCAUCACCAUCGUCUUUCAUCGAUAUUAACAAUCUACCAAUGGUGUUUGAUGACUCGAAAUUAUUUCAAAACGAUAAUCUCGUCGACCCGUGCAGACACAACGUAUCCAAAAGUCAAAUGAUGGACGAUGUUUUGGAGAUAUUGAUCAGAAAUGGAGAACUGCCAGCGUCCGCGGCUCAUGAUCAGACUUCUGGAGUUACGACAACCGAGGGCGAUAACUCAGUCAGCGAUUUUGAUAUACAGAUGGAUGAUCCAUUUGCUAUGGAUGUCGUGUGUAAUGACGAUCUGAUGGACGUUGAUACUGAUUGGUUAGAUUCGUUGGACCUACCUCCCCCGUCCGCGGAACCACUGGCUGAUUUAUUUAACGGAGAAGCUUCUGACAAUGAUUUCAAACUACCUGCCAAUAUGGAUUUCUUGUGGGAUAGGAUAGACUUUGCAACGUGAUUUUGCGUGUAUAAUUAUUUGACCACCGUAUAUAGUAUAAUUAAUACAUAUAAUAUAUAUAUAUAUAUGUAUA